GAAAGUAGACUUCCGAUACCAUCAAGAUUACGCCAUGCCUGUGGAGGAGAAGCAACCGACGACCCUGCGGCUUUCCCCUGAUGAGGUUCAGAAAAGCGUGGAGCGGCUCUCCCGGCCUCCCCGCCGGGAGUGGGAGCUGAAACCUCUCGUAGAAAAGCGCCUGAUCACGCUGAAGGAGCUUGAACAGCAGAUCAAACAUUUAUACGACGACUCCCUCGCGCGGCGCCAGCGCGAGCACGAGGAGAUCGCCCGCCAGAUGAAGGCGGAUAUCCUCAAAAACUCCAUUUUAACCACCACCCGGAUUAACUCGGAGGAUGAGGCGCGGAUGGUGAGUCGGCUUUAUGAGGAGUCGAUCCAGCUGAGGGAGCGAAAUUUCGCGGAGUUGUACCAUCGGCUCACGAGUCUCCACGCCAAAGUCGCGAAGAAGCUAACCCCGGAGACGGAAAAAACCCUCACGCAGCAUCUUUACCAAGAGGGCAUGCAGCGAGAGCGUGAUAAACAUAUCGCGUUGUAUGAAAAGUUUGUACUAAAUCGUCGAAUUCAGGCCGCGCGUCCGGCAGAGCUUGAGUCGUGACGUGAAAGGGCAGAAUUGUUUUGCGAAAAUUGUCCGGUAAAUGGGUUGAAUAACAUGUCAAUAUCUUUAUUGGAAUACACUCUUCUUUUUGAUUCUUUGUUCCAGGACGUCAAGCGUAUGAUGAGUGCGAUUCGGUUAGUGUGAAACGGAAAUGUAUAGUACAUGCAGGCUGAAAGACUCAAAAGCAAAAGCCCUUUGCGUAGCACCUUUUUUUAACUUUUGAAAUACUUCUCAUUAGGAUGAAGCGAGAAGGCAAAUUAUUUCCAUUUAUUGUGUUUCCUUUUUCUUCGUCAUGCAUUACCUAUAGGCACUGGAAGAAGGCGAAUGGGACGGAAGAGGGAAAGGUGAAACCAUACUGGAAUCUUAUGGUAAUUCUGAGGAUUCUUUUCUCAUCAUUACCCAAUUUGGAGAAGAUUUCGAAUUCCCAAACUUGCGAUGCGGGUAUAGUGAUUCAUUCUUUGCCACCAAACAUCAUUUUGAAUAAUCUGAUACUCUUUUACAUGUGUGUAAAGUAAAUGUGUAUUUAUCCUGCUCUGAUUUU